AUGCAACAACAGGAAAAAUUAAUAUUUGAUGGAAGACAUACACCGCAAAAUAUUUCUUCACAUAGUUUUUUUUUUGGGGCAGUAUUUGGAGUAUGUUUGGCAAUAGGUUAUUAUUCAGAAACAAUUCCACAAUUAGGAGUAUUUCUUUCUGCUUUAGCUUUAUUCCAUGAAUUAGAAUACAUGAUGACAGCUCUAUUUAAACCCGACAUUGUAAGUUUAGAUGCCUUUCUGUUGAAUAAUGGAAAUCAGUAUAAUAUUGCACACGUAGCAGGAAUUACGGAAUUCUUGAUAGAGUUAUAUUUAUUCCCCACGUUAAAGUAUAUCCGUUUUAUACGUUAUAUAGGGUUCAUCAUAAUGGUAAUAGGACAAUCAGCAAGGAGUCUUGCCAUGUGGCAUGCUAAAUCAAAUUUUUCUCAUAAGAUAGCAUAUCGUAAAAAACAAGAUCACGUAUUAGUCACAACGGGGAUAUAUGCUUAUAUGAGACAUCCUUCAUAUUUCGGUUUUUAUUGGUGGGCUAUAGGAACUCAACUAUUACUUUGUAAUCCUAUUUGUUUAGCCGGCUUUUUUUUUGUAUUACACCGAUUCUUUAAGGAUAGAAUUGAGGAGGAAGAACCUUUGUUAAUUAAUUUUUUUGGUAAGGAAUAUAUCGAAUACAAAAAGAAAACUCCAACUCAUAUUCCUUUAAUCAAUUAA